GAAAAAAAAAGAGCGCCAAAAUCGCCCAUAGCUUUGAAUAUUAUUUGCUGUAUUCUGAUUGGAAGUUUAGUUCCGCACUGGUCAUUCAUUGGACGUAGGAACAAUACGGUUAGUUUUUAAAAAAUCUCCCAACCGUUUUCAUUCUGGUCGGACGCUGUGCAAUAUAAACCGAGCGAUUCGGCUGCCUUACAGCACUUGUUUUGUUGCAGGGGAGCCAGUUAGCGUUUGUAGAAAAACAUGUCUGGACGCGGGAAAGGUGGGAAAGGGCUCGGAAAAGGGGGCGCUAAGAGGCACCGUAAGGUGCUUCGCGAUAACAUUCAAGGCAUUACCAAGCCCGCUAUUCGUCGUUUGGCCCGCCGUGGGGGAGUAAAGCGUAUUUCUGGCUUGAUUUAUGAAGAGACUCGGGGCGUCUUGAAGGUCUUCCUAGAAAACGUCAUUCGGGAUGCCGUGACCUACACCGAGCAUGCAAAGCGAAAGACCGUGACUGCGAUGGACGUUGUGUAUGCUCUGAAGCGCCAAGGUCGUACUCUGUAUGGCUUCGGAGGCUAGAAAGCUGAAUUACAGAAUAUAAAACCCAAAGGCCCUUUUCAGGGCCGCCAAUUCUGUCAGAAAAAGAGCUGAGUCCUGGUGCAUGCUGUUUUUGUCACAUGAGAACUUGAUUGGUAAAACGCUCAAGCCUUAACUGCAGAGUCCUUUGUGUGUAUGUUUGCUUUCAACUGAUUGCUAGUGACUGUCCAGAAUGGUCCCUGCAGUUUUCUUAACCAAGAUGUUUGGAAAUGGUUUGCUACUGCCUUCCUCUCAAUAGGCUUGAGAGAAAGUGACUGGGCUGAGGUCACCCUGCUGUUCAAGGCACAGCUCAUAGUGUGGUUUGUAGCUGAGAGCUUUAACUGCUGCAUCAAACAGGCUCUCCUUCAUCAGUAACCCAGGAAAAAUAUUCAUAAAACUGAAGCAACUGAAGAACAAAUACUUGUGGAUUUGCAUAAGAAACAAGAUGUAAGCACUAUAUCAAAGGUAUGGUGUAACUUUUUGAAAAAGGAUAUUUCCAACUAGUGUAACGCAGUUCUACUUUCAAAAGUUUUGUUGAAUUCAGUGGGAAUUGCUCUGGAAUAAGAAUUGCAGUCCUAAUUCAGUGGGUCUAAUCUGAAAAAUGUUUUAAAAAAUCAAUACCGUACUGUUCUCAUAAACUGAACAAUAACAUUGCAAAGGAUUCCUUCUGUUUUUGUUAAAUUUAUGUGCAUUGAAUAGCUUGAUUUUUGCUUUCAUUGAUGACUGAUGAAAACAGGAGAAAGGUAAAUGUUUAAACUCUGUUGAUGGACCAAGGUCACAGAUGGGACCAGUUCUGCUCCAGAGCUGAGAAGGCAAAUGGAAUCAUCCUCUUCCUUUGGGAAUUACAAUAUAGGCAUUGACUUUUGGUCAUGUUUUUUCACUAUCACAUUUUGACCAGUUCUGGAGAAUGUUUAAGCUUUUCUGUUACUGUAAUUUGAUUGGUAUAGAGUUCAUGCUUUAUUCCAGGAUCAGAUUUACUUUUAAUAAAAGUAUAACUCAGGUGUUGCUGAUUUUUUUUUUUUCCCCCCUCAUGGACACAUUCUCUUUUAAUCAGGCUUUGGAGUGUUUUUGUCACAAGGAUUUAGUAGUUAAUUUGUUGAAUGCAUUAAAACUCUCACUGCAAUAACCUCAUGCUUCUUUAAGACCAUUCUGCUAAUUAUAUCUGCUAAACAGAUUGCU